AUGAAUCCAACAAUAACAGAGCACGACUUUCGCUUUCCCAGAAGGCCAAGUGCAUGGCCCACUGCUUCUGCUUACCACGCUCCCAAUCAGCGCAGCGGCCAAUCGAGCCAUAUCCCAAAUUCUCGUGACGCCUCGGCCAGCUUCAAGGAGCACAAGACCGACAUGGCCGGCACCUAUUCCCUUGCCAGGCAGGGCCUAGGCGGUACCGCCCUUUUCCCAUUCCUUCAGAAUGGUCUCGCCGACUCCGACCGCAGUGUCGACAAGAUGCAGCACGAUGAUCCCCUGGCGACUCAAGUCUGGAAGUUUUUUGCGAGAACCAAGCAACAGCUUCCUAGCCAGCAGCGCAUGGAGAAUCUCACCUGGCGCAUGAUGGCUCUCAGUAUGCGCAAGCACCAGGAGGAACAGGAGCAGAGGCAGAACGAAGCAGACGCCCGUCGGAAACGAAACAUGGAGGCUACUAACCGUGGCAUUGCUCAGUUGCGAAAAUCGUCUGAGCACAAUAUGUCACAGCCUGAUGCUAUGAAUCUCGACGACUUCAUCUUUUCCGACAACUCUACUUCACCUGGCAACUUUGCGUCUCCUCAUGGUGAUAAAAUGACCGACGACAGGGCCGGCAAUCCGAUGGCUUCCGCCAUUCAUAUCAAAUCCCGCAAGGAGCCAUCGCACCAGGGCUUCGUCCCACAAUCGGUACCCGUUCAGCCGCUUCACCAGGCCACUCAAGGCCAUGAGUUCAACUAUGUCAAUCGCCAUCUUCGAAAAACCAGCAUUGAUGAUCGCAGAACUCGGAAGCGCCCCGCUGAUUUCUCACCACAAGUUCCGGCUGUCAACAGUACUGCUGCGCAGAACGAUCUUGAUCUUGAUUCGGAGCUGCAUGACUACUCUCUAGACCAAACCAACCAGGCCGGCAUCGCCCAGCAGCCGAAUGGCGUCAAUGUUCCCUUUGGGCUUGACACAUUCAUGGAUAACGAUUCUUCCAUGGUCAACAACAAUGCGAACUUUCAGCAGAAUUUCUCUUUUUCUCCCUCCACCUCACCUAUGAUACCCCACGGCCCUUUCUCUGGCAUGUACCAAAACUCGGCUGUUCCCGCAGCGUCUGUAAAUAACAACGACUUUUACUCUCCCCCAGGAUCCGCAUACCCCUCGAACGUUUCAACUCCCCAUCCCGUGCCUGAACAGGACGGAUUUUACUUUGGUUCCCAGGAUGCAAGAACUCAAAGGCCCCAAGGUUUCCAACAGAGUAUCAACAGUAUGCUCAGCCAGCAGUUCAUGUAUAGCAGUGCAAACGGCACUAACAGCAGUACUAUGUUCUCUGCUCCAGGAACUGGAUCAGAAUCCAUGUCCGCCUACAGCACUGCUCCCAGCUCCUUUGGACAUAUCGACCCGUCGCAGGUAUUCCAGAAUGACCAAUCAGUACAAUCCCCCACUAUUCAAAUGCAGCAGGACAGUAUGUUCUCAUUCGGAGCCGACUCCGAUGAUGAGGACAAUAACGCAUUCUCUGACCGCAAUGUGUCGAUGCAAAAGGACAUUUCCUCAUCCCUUGACGACUCUGGGUCCAUGGGCUGGGAUGCAAGCCUGCCAGGCCAGUUUAGCACCCAAGCGGCUCGUUUCCCUGGUGGACCAACCCGCAAGCAGGUAACAAUUGGAGGUGCGACGACUGAUUUCGUCGACAACAAUGGUGACUGGGAAUCAAACGGUCUCGAACGAUCGCAGUCACAGUCUUUCAGGGGUGGCAAUCCCCGGAGACAGCAUCCUAAGCUGCCACGAAACGCCUCCACGCCAGUUCAUUUUUCUGGCCAGCAGAAUGGUUUUGAGCAGCUUGCCCAAUCUAUGCAAAGCUCGCCUGCUGGUGACGCAAAUGGAACAAUGUCGGGAUUCUCGUCUGUUGCUCCAAGCAGACCAUCUUCGCCACCCAUGUCAAAGCAGGGCUCGACGACUAACCUGCAGGCUGCCGCCGGCAAUGGCAGCGAUGGAAAUGCUCCGACCACGUGCACCAAUUGUUUCACUCAGACUACGCCCCUGUGGAGGCGAAACCCUGAAGGCCAACCCUUGUGUAACGCCUGUGGUCUUUUCCUAAAACUGCAUGGUGUUGUGAGACCGUUGAGCUUGAAGACGGAUGUUAUCAAGAAGCGCAACCGUGGGUCUGGAAGCAAUGUUCCAGUUGGAGGAAGCAGCACUAGGUCUAAGAAGACGGCGAGUGCAUUAAACUCACGCAAGAAUUCAACCCUGUCGAUGUCCACUGCGGUGACGAACAACACCAAUCCCAACAGCAGUAACCCAACCCCUAAAGCAACGACACCACCUGCUGCCAGUCGACCUACGAGCAGCAAGGACAUUGAGAGCCCCAUCAGCGGUACUACAUCGGGCACAAACACCGCUGGCAGUACUCCAAACAGUCAUCUCGCUGGCUCGGGUCCUUCGUCCGGUGCCAUGGGUGGUAAAGGAGUUGUUCCUAUUGCAGCUGCUCCCCCCAAGACUAGUCCUGGACCUGGCGCCUCAUCAAUGUCACUGCAGCGACCCGCCACCGCUUCGUCAAAACGGCAACGUCGUCACAGUAAAAGUAUUGGCGGAGAUGUGCCGGUGUCUAUGGACAUCGACAGCCCCGACUCGACAAGUUCCAUUGAUGCCCCACGUCCCUUUGGCUCUUCUGCAGGCCUGUCGAGUUUGCCUGGCGGCAUGUCUGCUAGUAGCUUCAACCUUAACCAACGACCGAGCACACUGGGUUCUGCAACGGGCAUGAUUAGUAUGUCUGGUGGUGGGCAAACAAGCUCCCUGAUUGGCAGUUCUGCGGGUCCGCAAGAGUGGGAAUGGUUGACGAUGAGUCUCUAA